CAACACCUCCUAUCAAUUCCUCUGAAGAAGACUUCCGGUGGUCUUUUAAUGGCGGUGGCAUGGUGAAUUCUACAGAAAUGCCCAAAUACUCGCCCCUUUGGUCCGCUCCCAUCGAUACAGGGAUGGUUUCCACGCAGUGUUGAUGUUGACCGAGCCGGCCCCAUACCUGUGAUUUAGCAACCCAAGCACUGCGGUGUCUCUCCGCCCGGCCAUGGCGGCUCACAAACCAGUGGAAUGGGUCCAGGCCGUGAUUACUAGAUUUGAUGAGCAGCUCCCCAUCAAAGUUGGACACCAGAACACUCACACGAAAAUCAGCACAGAUCACAACAAAGAAUGCCUGAUCAACAUCUCAAAGUACAAGUUUUCACUCGUCAUUAGUGGCCUAACGACUAUCCUCAAAAAUGUCAAUAACAUGCGAAUAUUUGGAGAAGCAUCUGAGAAAAACCUCUACCUCUCACAGCUGAUCAUCCUGGAUACAUUGGAGAAGUGCCUGGCUGGGCAAUCCAAAGACUGCCUACGCCUAGAUGAGACCAUGUUAGUCAAACAGCUUUUGCCAGAGAUCUGCCAUUUCAUCCACACAUACCGUGAAGGCCAUCAGCAUGCAGCUGAACUCCGAGCUUCAGCCUCAGCGGUUCUCUUCUCUCUUAGCUGCAACAACUUCAACGCUGUCUUCAGCCGAAUUUCCACCAGGCUACAGGAGCUGACGGUGUGCUUAGAGGACAAUGUGGAUGUUCAUGACAUAGAGCUGAUGCAGUACAUUAAUGUGGACUGCUCCAAGCUUAAGAGGCUUCUCCAAGAAACUGUUCUAAAGUUUAAAGCCCUUAAAAAGCCUACACAACUAGCAGUCAUCAACAGUUUAGAAAAGGCAUUUUGGAACUGGGUAGAAAAUUACCCAGAUGAAUUCACCAUGCUCUAUCAACGACCUCAGGCAGAUAUGGCAGAAGCUGCUGAGAAGCUGUUUGACCUGGUGGAUAGCUUUGCAGAGAGUGCCAAAAGGAAAGCUGCAGUGUGGCCACUUCAGAUCAUUCUCCUGAUCCUCUGCCCAGAGAUCACGCACACAAUCUCCAAAGACACUGUGGAAGAUAGCAAGGCCAACAAGAAACUGUUUUUGGACAGUUUACGGAAAGCGUUAGCCGGUCAGGGUGGUAGCAAGCAGCUGAUGGAGAGCGCUGCUAUUGCAUGUGUAAAACUGUGUAAAGCCUCAACUUAUAUCAACUGGGAGGAUCACUCGACUAUUUUUCUCCUUGUACAGUCCAUUGUUAUGGAUCUCAAGGCUUUGCUGUUCAACCCAGCAAAACCCUUCUGGAGGGGGGCAGGCAGCCAGAAUGCUGAUGUUGAGCUUAUGAUGGACUGCUUUGUCUCCUGUUUCCGCAUCAAUCCUCACAACAACCAGCACUUUAAGGUCUGUUUGGCUUCCUCUUCUCCUUCUACCUUUCACUUUGUCCUGGUGAACUCAUUGCACAGAAUAAUCACCAAUUCUCAUCUGGACUGGUGGCCUAAGAUCGAUGCUGUGUAUUGCUACUCUGGAGAGCUUCGCUUUAUGUUCUCAGACACCCUCAACCGGGUUGUCCAAAGCACCCAUGCGCCUCUACGCAUGACACCGAGUUUGACUUUCAAGGGGAAGGUGACAACCAGCCUUAAGUUCAAAGAGAAAACUACAGAACUGGAUACAAGAAGUUACAAGUGCCUCCUCCUUGCUCUGGUCAAACUAAUCCACGCUGACCCCAAGCUCAUGUUGCAUAAUCCUGUGAAGCAAGCCCCAGAGAUGCAGAGCAGCACAGCUGAGCUUAUCAUUGGUCUGGUGCAACUAGUACCUCUCACCAACACCACCCAACUCUCACAAGAAGCUAUGGAGGCUCUUUUAGUGCUGCAUCAGCCAGAGUCCAUUGAACAGUGGAAUCCUGAUGCUCCGAUAGAGACUUUCUGGGAUAUCAGUUCACAGGUGCUGUUCCUUAUCUGCCGCAAACUGAUUGGACAGCAGAUGGUCAAUGGCACUGAAGUUCUCAAGUGGUUGCGAGAGAUCCUCAUUUGCAGGAAUAAAUUUCUCCUCAAGAAUAAGGAGUGUGCCACCAUGGGUGGAGGUAUCCCAAUUUGCAGGCAGGCUCAGACCAAGCUUGAAGUUUGUCUCUACAUGUUCCUGUGGAGUCCAGACACAGAGGCUGUGUUGGUGGCAAUGUCAUGUUUCCGCCACCUCUGUGAAGAGGCUGACAUCCGUAGUGCCGCUGAUGAAGUUUCCGUCCAGACCAUCCUACCAAACUACCCCACUUUCAGUGAACUUGCCUCCAUCAGUAACAUGAUGGGAACAGGUCGCUCCACAUUGCAAAAGAGAGUAAUGGCCUUGCUCAGGAGGAUUGAGCAUCCCACACCUGGAAACAUUGAGGCUUGGGAGGACACAUACACUAAAUGGGACCAGGCAACAAAACAAAUCCUCAAUUUCCCCAAAAACAAGGCAGAUGAUGGGCAGCAGGAGUGGAUCAACAUGACAGGCUUCCUGUGUGCCCUUGGCGGUGUAUGUCUCCAGCAACGCAGCACGCCUGGCCCUUCCACCUAUAGCCCACCUAUGGGCUCCAUGAGUGAGCGCAAGCAUUCUAUGAUCUCCAUGGGCCCAUGUGAGAUCUCUAACCCUAUUGCCUCAGCUUCCUGCUCCUCAUCAGCCUCAAGUGAGACACCGGUCAGCCGCUUUGUCGAUCGGCUGUUGGCCUUGCUGGUGUGUGGCCAUGACAGAGUCGGCCUCCAUGUCCGUACCAACGUCAAAGACUUGCUGGGACUGGAGCUUAGCCCUGCCCUUUACCCCAUGCUAUUCAAUAAGUUGCGGAACAGCAUUGGUAAAUUCUUUGACACACAGGGUCCGGUUCCUAUCAAUGACACUAACACACAAUUUGUGGAGCAGACUAUUGCGAUCAUGAAGAACCUGCUGGAUAACCAUACAGAGGGCAGUUCUGAACACCUAGGACAAGCUAGCAUUGAGACCAUGAUGCUCAACCUUGUCAGGUAUGUUCGCAUUCUAGGAAACAUGGUACAUGCUAUCCAGAUCAAAACCAAGUUGUGCCAGCUAGUAGAGGUAAUGAUGGAGAGACGAGAUGACCUGUCCUUCUGCCAGGAGAUGAAGUUCAGGAACAAGAUGGUGGAAUACCUGACUGACUGGGUGAUGGGAACUUCCAAUCAAGCAGCUGAUGAUGACAUUAAGUGUUUGACAAGGGACCUGGACCAGGCCAGUAUGGAGGCAGUUGUGUCUCUGCUUGCUGGUCUUCCUCUGCAACCUGAGGAGGGAGAUGGAGUGGAGCUGAUGGAGGCCAAAUCACAGCUCUUCCUCAAGUACUUCACCCUUUUCAUGAAUCUGCUAAAUGAUUGCAGUGAGGUAGAGGAUGAGGGUCAGGCAGUGGGCGGAUGCAAGAGGGGGAUGUCACGCCGCCUAGCCUCGCUUCGCCACUGUACUGUCUUGGCCAUGUCCAACCUCCUCAAUGCCAAUGUUGACAGUGGCCUCAUGCACUCGAUUGGUCUGGGUUACCACAAAGAUCUACAAACUCGAGCUACAUUCAUGGAAGUGUUGACCAAGAUCUUGCAGCAGGGAACAGAGUUUGACACACUGGCUGAGACAGUGCUGGCUGACCGCUUUGAGAGGCUGGUCGAGCUCGUCACUAUGAUGGGAGACCAGGGCGAACUACCUAUUGCCAUGGCACUGGCUAAUGUUGUUCCAGGAUCCCAGUGGGAUGAGCUUGCUCGGGUCCUGGUGACAUUGUUCGACUCCCGUCACCUCCUCUACCAGUUGCUAUGGAAUAUGUUUUCCAAAGAGGUGGAGCUUGCUGACUCCAUGCAGACCCUUUUUCGGGGAAACAGCCUGGCUAGCAAAAUAAUGACCUUUUGUUUUAAGGUCUAUGGAGCGGCAUACCUGCAGAAGUUACUAGAACCUUUGUUAAAAGGGGUCAUUACAACCCCUGAACACAUCAGUUUUGAGGUGGACCCCACUCGACUGGAACAAGGUGAGAACUUGGAAGAUAAUCAGAGAAACCUGUUGCAGAUCACUGAACGUUUCUUCCAUGCCAUCAUCGGUUCAUCCAGCGAGUUCCCCCCUCAGCUUCGUAGCGUCUGCCACUGUCUCUACCAGGCUACUUGCCACUCUCUACUGAAUAAGGCAACUGUAAAAGAAAAAAAGGAAAACAAAAAAGCAGUGGUGAGUCAGAGAUUCCCACAGAACAGUAUUGGUGCCGUGGGCAGCGCCAUGUUUCUGCGAUUUGUUAAUCCGGCUAUUGUAUCCCCAUAUGAGGCUGGCAUCUUGGAGAAAAAACCUCUUCCUAGGAUAGAACGGGGUCUCAAACUUAUGUCUAAGAUUUUGCAGAGCAUUGCAAACCAUGUCUUAUUUACAAAGGAAGAGCACAUGAGGCCUUUCAAUGAUUUUGUGAAGAACAACUUUGAUUCAGCCCGGAGUUUUUUCUUGGACAUAGCAUCAGACUCUCCACCAAGUGACUCCGUGAACCACAGUUUGUCCUUCAUCAGUGAUGGUAAUGUGCUCGCGCUCCACCGAUUAUUAUGGAACAACCAGGAGAGAAUUGGCCAGUACCUCUCCAGCAACAGAGACCACAAGGCUGUGGGCAGGCGUCCUUUUGACAAAAUGGCAACGUUGCUGGCGUAUCUGGGGCCACCUGAACACAAGCCUGUGGCUGACACUCACUGGUCCAGCCUCAACCUGACUAGUUCCAAAUUUGAAGAAUUCAUGACCAGACACCAGGUACAUGAAAAAGAGGAAUUUAAAGCAUUAAAGACCCUCAACAUCUUCUACCAGGCUGGUACUUCAAAGAAUGGCAAUCCAGUGUUCUACUAUGUGGCUCGCCGAUUCAAAACUGGACAGAUAAAUGGAGACCUGCUCAUCUACCAUGUACUCCUCACCCUGAAACCUUAUUAUGCUAAACCUUAUGAGAUUGUUGUGGACUUGACUCAUGUAGGCCCAAGCAACCGCUUCAAGACGGAUUUUUUGUCCAAGUGGUUUGUGGUCUUUCCCGGUUUUGCUUAUGAAAACGUAGCUGCUGUCUAUGUUUACAACUGCAAUACUUGGGUGAGAGAGUACACUAAAUACCAUGAACGGCUACUGACUGGUUUAAAGGGUAGCAAGCGUCUCCAGUUCAUCGACUCUCCAGCUAAGCUCGCUGAACACAUUGAACCUGACCAACAGAAGCUACCUGCUGCCACGCUAACUCUGGAGGAAGAUCUCAAAGUGUUCCAUAAUGCCCUUAAACUGGCUCACAAAGAUACCAAGGUCUCAAUAAAGGUCGGCUCGACAGCGGUGCAGGUGACCUCAGCGGAACGGACACGUGUUCUUGGACAGCCAGUGUUCCUCAACGAUGUCUACUAUGCCUCAGAAAUUGAGGAGAUAUGUCUGGUAGAUGAGAGCCAGUUCACACUUACCAUGGCCAACCAGGGCACACCGCUUACUUUCAUGCAUCAGGAAUGUGAUGCAAUUGUUCAGUCUAUUAUCCAUAUUCGAACACGAUGGGAGCUGUCGCAGCCUGACUCAAUCCCUCAGCACACCAAGAUCCGACCCAAAGAUGUUCCCGGCACACUGUUAAAUAUUGCUCUGCUCAACCUGGGCAGUUCUGACCCCAGUCUCAGAUCUGCAGCUUACAAUCUGUUGUGUGCUUUGACUUGCACCUUCAACCUAAAGAUAGAAGGCCAGUUGUUGGAGACAUCAGGCCUCUGCAUUCCAGCUAACAACACUCUUUUCAUAGUGUCUAUCAGUAAGACACUAGCUGCUAAUGAACCCCAUCUGACACUUGAGUUUCUGGAGGAGUGCAUCUCUGGCUUCAGCAAAUCCAGUAUAGAGCUGAAGCAUCUUUGUCUGGAGUACAUGACACCCUGGCUGCUAAACCUUGUUCGCUUUUGUAAGCACAAUGAUGAUGCCAAGCGGCAGCGUGUCACUGCAAUUUUAGACAAGCUCAUCACCAUGACCAUCAAUGAAAAGCAAAUGUAUCCAUCAAUUCAAGCUAAGAUCUGGGGUAGCUUGGGUCAGAUAACAGAUUUGUUGGACGUGGUGUUGGACAGCUUUAUCAAGACCAGCGCCACAGGAGGCCUGGGCUCUAUCAAGGCUGAGGUCAUGGCUGAUACUGCAGUGGCUUUGGCCUCAGGAAAUGUCAAAUUGGUCUCCAGUAAGGUUAUUGGUCGCAUGUGUAAGAUCAUCGACAAGACCUGCUUGUCACCAACACCAACACUGGAGCAGCACCUUAUGUGGGAUGACAUUGCCAUUUUGGCGCGCUAUAUGCUAAUGCUUUCUUUCAACAACUCUUUGGACGUUGCUGCCCAUCUGCCGUACCUUUUCCAUGUUGUGACCCUGCUGGUAGCCACUGGGCCACUGUCCCUCAGGGCCUCUACUCAUGGCUUAGUUAUUAACAUCAUUCAUUCCCUCUGCACUUGCUCGCAGCUCAACUUUAGUGAGGAGACAAAACAGGUUCUGCGUUUAAGCCUGACAGAGUUCUCCUUGCCCAAGUUUUACCUGCUCUUUGGGAUCAGCAAAGUCAAGUCAGCAGCUGUUAUCGCCUUCCGCUCCAGCUACAGAGACCGCUCCUUCUCCCCGGGGUCAUACGAAAGAGAGACUUUUGCUCUUUCCUCCCUAGAGACUGUCACAGAGGCCUUACUAGAAAUCAUGGAGGCUUGUAUGAGGGACAUCCCAGCCUGUAAGUGGUUGGACCAGUGGACAGAGCUUGCACAGAAGUUUGCAUUCCAGUACAACCCAUCUCUCCAGCCCAGAGCCCUUGUGGUGUUUGGUUGUAUCAGUAAGCGGGUCAGCCAUGGUCAGAUCAAGCAGAUAAUCCGAAUCCUCAGCAAGGCCAGCCCUCUCCUCAGCAUAGAUCGGGGUCUUGAGAGCUGUCUUAAGGGGCCUGACAAUUACAACAGCCAAGUAUUGAUUGAGGCAACUGUCAUUGCACUGACCAAACUGCAGCCUUUACUCAGCAAGGAGUCUCCUAUGCAUAAAGCUCUGUUUUGGGUGGCAGUAGCUGUGCUGCAGUUGGAUGAAGUAAACCUAUACUCUGCUGGAACUGCUUUGCUGGAGCAGAACCUCCACACUCUCGACACAAUGCGUGUCUUCAAUGACAAGAGUCCAGAAGAGGUCUUCAUGGAGAUCAGGCGUCCUUUGGAAUGGCACUGUAAGCAGAUGGAUCACUUUGUGGGCCUCAACUUCAGUGCCAACUUCAACUUUGCACUUGUUGGCCACCUACUCAAAGGUUACAGACAUCCAUCAGCCACCACAGUAGCAAGAACCGUGAGAAUCCUGCACACACUGCUGGCUCUCAUCAGCAAGCACCUAAAAUGUGACAAGUUUGAAGUCAACACCCAGAGUGUGGCUUAUUUGGCUGCACUGCUUACUGUUUCUGAGGAGGUUCGAAGUCGCUGCAGCCUCAAACACAGGAAGUCGCUACUGAUUUCAGACCUCUCAAUGGACCCUGUACCAAUGGAGACUUACUCCAGUCUCAUCAGUGAUCCCAGCUGCAGAACGCUGCGGGAAACUCAACCAUGGACAUCCCCUCAGGUUUCAGAGCGCUACCUUUCAGCUCAUCAUUACCCCACAGUGGGUCAGAUCAGCCCACGUACACGCAAGUCAAUGAGCCUGGACAUGGGUCAGCCUUCACAAGCUACUACAAAGAAACUUUUGGGCACCAGGAAGAGCUUUGAUCAUCUCAUAUCAGACUCCAAAGCACCAAAGAGAUCCGAGAUGGAAUCAGGCAUGACGACACCGCCUAAAAUGAGGCGGGUUGCCGAAAAUGAUUAUGAGAUGGAGACACAAAGAAUUGGAAACUCCCACCUUCGCAAAGUGUCUGUCUCUGAGUCCAAUGUUCUGCUGGAUGAGGAGGUGCUAACUGACCCUAAAAUCCAGGCUCUCCUUCUCACUGUGCUGGCCACUCAGGUCAAAUACACCACAGAUGACUUUGAUCAGCGAAUUCUUUACGAAUACUUGGCUGAAGCUAGCGUUGUCUUCCCAAAGGUUUUUCCAGUCGUUCACAACUUGCUGGACUCAAAGAUCAACACUGUGCUGUCCAUGUGCCAGGACACUAACCUUUUGAACCCUGUACAUGGCAUCGUUCAGAGUGUUGUGUAUCAUGAGGAGUCUCCACCACAGUACCAGCCCUCCUAUUUACAAAGCUUUGGCUUUAAUGGACUUUGGAGGUUUGCUGGUCCUUUCUCAAAGCAAACCCAAAUUCCAGACUAUGCCGAGCUGAUCGUCAAGUUCCUGGAGGCGUUGAUUGACAGCUACCUGCCAGCAGCUGAGGAGGAGCGAGGGGAGGAACAGCUACGGACGCCCACUUCCCCUUAUCCCCCCACCAGCCAGAGCCAGCUCAGUAUCACUGCCAACCUCAACCUGUCUAACUCCAUGACCUCGCUGGCCACCUCGCAGCACUCACCAGGUGUGGAUAAGGAGAAUGUCCAGUUGUCCCCCAGCUCAGCUCUGUCCAGCGGGGGUCGCACUCGCCACGGCUCCGCCAGCCAAGUCCAGAAGCAACGCAGCUCCGGCAGCUUCAAGAGAACCAGCAUCAAAAAGAUCGUGUGAUCGGCCGUGGAACCCCCCGUCGGCGCCUCCCCCUCCUUCUCUCAACCUCCGACCCAUCCGCCAAGCCUGGCCUCAUGCUGCAUAUAACUUUUUACGCCACCUUUUUACUGUUUGAAAUCCACCUUCAUCGUAGUUGCUUUUGAAGGACAGGUGAGGUAAUAUUGGCUCAACUAUUGUGCUGCUUGAGAUUAUUAAUACGAUUCCAGUUUGGACCGUAAAAGGCUCCACGGGAUGUUUCUUGCCCUCCCAAAAGUGUGUCCUUUGGCCUCCCAUCAAUGAAAUGGCGACGUGGACCGAACGUAUUCUGUAAUAAAGGACCUGGUCAGACGCCGAAGUCAUGUCCAUGUUUUGCAGAGACUAAAACAACUAGACCUGAUAUUAAGGAAGAUGUUGACGUUUUCUCCAUGGUGUGCCUUUGUCAGGAUUUUCUGUGUGUACAAUUUGUAAAUGGCAGACCUCGGUGUGGGCAAAGAACAGGUACGAAUUACGGAGGUGUAACGUUGCCAUCACAACUGACCUCCAGUGAUCGUCAGAUAUACAAUCACCCAUAUACCCUAUUGCCUGAAAGUAUUUAAUCCUGUACAGCUAAGUAGUGCUACACAAAUGAUGUUCAUGGGGAACACAACUUUGUAAAUAGCUCUGAGCUAAGUGUUUAUCUUGCCUUUUUUUGUGAGAUCGGUUUUUGUUUUUUUGUUUUUUUCCCCCCCAGCAAUGUACACUUGAUUUGUUUACACAGUGACAACGAAAAAAGUUUCAGGCAAUAAUCAACUUCUUAUUGUUGUCAUCCUAGGGUUACAAUUGGCCUUCUUCACAAACUCUGUUAUCCUUCAAACUAACUUGUCAUCAUAAAGCUGCCUCAAUUGCUUCCAUUUCUUUGCCCAUCCCUUGUAAUUAUGAUAAAUUUGUGAAGUCAAGCUUGCAGUGGUCGUAAUGUUAAAAUGGUUAAAUUUCUCUAUAGACACAACUGUGUGAACUGGAUCAUUUUAAAAAUUAGUUUCUAAUCUUAUAAAGUAAUGGCAGUAUCUUGUCCUGAGUUAACAUGCCUGUGAAUAUUCUUAUUCAUCCGGGUCAUUUCACUCUCGAUCGCAACUGGACCGUUUCGCCUCUUAUCCGAGCAGGCUUCAUUCAGUUCAUGCAACAAGGAUUAGUGAGAACAACACUGGCCAGUGUUUGUGUGGGAAAACUGAACGACUUAUGCUCCAACUUCGAUGCGUGCCCCAACCACGUAUGGAAUAAUUCUUUUGGAAUGCAAAAAAGGAGGAUAGCCGUUAAGCCACCUGAGCGAGAGGCCAUUGUCAGUCCAUCAGAGUCCACCCAUCCAUUUUCCGUACCGCUUAUCCUAACUAGGGUUGUGGGUGUGCUGGAUGGAGCCUAUCUAUCUCGCCUAUGUCCGGGCGAGAGGGCGGGGUACACCCUGAACUGCUCGCCAGCCAAUCGCAGGGCACGCAGAAACAGACAAACAUUUGCACUCACAUUCACACCUACGAGCAAUUUAGCCUUAAAUUAAGCUACCAUGCAUGUUUUUGGGAGGAAACCGGAGUACCCGGAGAAAAUCCACGCAGGGACGAGGAGAACAUGCAAACACCAAACAGGCGAGGCCAGAUUUGAACCUGGAUCCUCAGAACUGUGAGGCAGAUGUGCUAACCAGUCGCUCACUGUGCCGCCUCCACCAGUGUCGUUUGGUGGAAACUCCCUCAUUGAGUUGUAAGGUGGCUGGAACGAGGGUAAAACUGAUGAGAAAUGUCUUUCAUCUUCUAAGACAAACAGGACAGUACAUUUGCGAUCGAUUCAAUGCCCUAAGAAAGUCCUGGGUUAACAUAAUUUCGAAAUGGUGUGUCAAUUUGAAUUAAGUGUUUUUCAUUUAAUUAUUAUUACUCUGUGGACCAAAUGCCUACAAACAUCAUCUCCACAAUGUAUGAAAGAUUUUUUCUUUGACCUGGCAUGAACAAACAAUGGCACGGUCAUCUCUUUUCUCAUCAUCAUCAUAACAUAUGAACACAUUGAUCUCAUUUGCUUGCAGCGCUCCCCAAAAAGUUCUCCAAUUCUGGAUUGCUCCUUAAUCGAAAAAACGGCCUGGACAGUUUUGAAAACAUGGUUUUGUUUGAGCCACAUGUAACCAGAUCGUUUCCAGUUUUAGCUUUGUAUGAAUGGGAAUGGAAAAGAUGUGUCCGUAACCUCUUAACCAAGUGGUUAACUUGCACUAAUUUAAAAAUGCUCAUGGGUUUGUAACGAAAAUCUAAAAAUGUGGCAUGUUUUAUUUGUUAUGCAAAAUUUGUCAGUAGUGUACUAUGCGGUAUGUGUGACAGCUGUAAAUACUUUGUGUACAAUUUGAGAUGGUAUAUUUACUACACUGUAUAUACGUGAUAUUGUAUCAUUUUGUUUUUGUAAAGCAGUUAGGUUCUGUAUAAUAUACAAAUUGAGCUAUUCCAGUGUUAGUAAUAAAAUGUUUUGCUCUCCAUA